UGCCCUUCUCUCAUCGGCCACACGUGUUGCUCCAUCACUCCAGACAACCUUUUGCUGUCUGAUCAAUGAUCCAGUUCUGUGGAGUAAAAGCAGAAAGAUAAUCAAGUUUGAUCAUUUCCUUUCAUUUCUUCCAUUGCAAAGAAGAAAACAUGGCUGGGGCCUUGGUGGGAGGAGCGUUUCUCUCUGCUUUUCUCCAAGUGUUGUUCGAUAGAAUGGCGUCUCCCGUGGUCGUUGACUUCCUUCGGGGACGAAAACUCACCGAUGGGCUCUUAAGGAAGCUGAAGAUAGCAUUGUUGUCUGUGAAUGCAGUGCUCGAAGACGCGGAGGAAAAGCAAGUGACAAAGCCUGAUGUGAAAGAUUGGCUUGAUGAGCUGAAGGAUGCUGUCUAUGAUGCGGAGGACAUCUUGGAUGAGAUUGCUACGAAAGCCUUGCGAUGCAAGUUGGAUGCUGAAUUCCAAAGCACUGCAAGUAAGGUACGAAAAUCCAUCUAUGCUUCUUUUAAUCCCUUUGUCAAGGAGAUAGAGCCAAGGAUAAGAGAGGCACUUGACAGACUAGAAUAUCUUGCAAAACAAAAAGAUGUUAUAGGUCUAAGAGAAGGCGUUGGAGGGAAACCAUCAGAAAGAUUGCCCACGACUUCUUUGGUUGAGGAAUCUGGUAUUUGUGGUAGGGAUGAUGAUAAGGAGGCAAUAAUCAACUUGCUGCUCUCAGAUGAUGCAAUUGGCAAUGAGAUGUGUGUGGUUGCCAUAGUUGGGAUGGGGGGAAUAGGCAAGACCACCCUUGCUCAGCUGGUAUACAAUGACAACAGGGUGAAGGAGCAUUUUAACCUUGAAGCGUGGGUUUGUGUUUCAGAAGAAUUUGACGUGUUCAAGGUUACGAAAACAAUUCUAGAGGCAGUAACUUCCUCAACUUGCAAUAUUAAGGAUUUAAAUCGGCUUCAAGUUACACUAAAGGAGAAUUUGAUGGGGAAGAAAUUUCUGCUUGUUCUAGAUGAUGUUUGGAAUGAGAAUUAUGUUGAUUGGGAAGUGUUAAGUAAUCCCUUUAAAUCUGGGGCACAAGGAAGUAGGGUCAUUGUAACAACCCGCAACGAAAGUGUUGCAUCAGCCAUGCGCACUAUUGCCACCUAUCCUCUACAGCAGUUAGCAGAAGAAGAUUGCUGGUCACUAUUUGCAAAACAUGCCUUCCAUGAUGGUAACUCUGAGGCACAUCCAAAACUACAAGUAAUAGGUAGACAAAUUGUGAAAAAGUGCAAAGGCCUACCUUUAGCAGCUAAGACAAUUGGGGCUCUCUUGCGGUCUAAACUAGAUGUUGAUGUAUGGGAUAAGAUUUUGAAGAGUGAAUUAUGGGAUUUGACGAAUGAUGGGAAAAAUAUUCUUCCUGCACUAAGAUUAAGUUACAAAUAUCUCCCAUCCCAACUAAAGCAAUGCUUUGCUUAUUGUUCAAUAUUUCCAAAGGAUUAUGUUUUUGAAAAGAAUCAAUUAAUCUUAUUAUGGAUGGCUGAAGGUUUUUUGCAACAAUCCAAAAACAAAACAAUGGAAGAAGUUGGUGAUGAUUACUUCCUUGAUCUUGUAUCAAGAUCAUUAUUCCAACAAUCAAGCAAUGAUAAAUCAUCUUUUGUACUGCAUGAUCUUGUCAAUGAUUUAGCAAAAUUUGUAUCUGGUCAAUUUAGCUUUAGGUUGGAGGGUGACUAUUCUCACGAAAUUGUGAACAAGACGCGCUAUUUGUCUUAUUUCAGGACACGAUUUGAUAAUUUUAAGAAGUUUGAGGCUCUUUAUGAGGCUAAGCGGUUGCGCACCUUCCUGCCAUUGAAAUUUCCACCAAAGAACGAGACAUUCUACUUAACUAAAUUAGUACCACAUGAUUUAUUGCCAAUGCUAAGAUGCUUACGGGUCCUCUCUCUAUCUCACUACAGUAAUAUGAAUGAGUUGCCUGAUUCAAUUGGCAAAAUUAAACAUUUACGAUAUUUGGACCUUUCUUUCACCACAGUGGAAAGGCUGCCUAAUACCAUAUGUAAGUUGUGCAAUUUGCAAACGUUGAAGUUAUCAGGUUGCCAAUAUCUUGUUGUAUUGCCAAGGGAAAUGUGGAAACUUAUUAAUUUACGUCAUCUUGAUAUUACCGGAACUAGCAUCAAGGAGAUGCCGACACAGCUGGGUAGAUUAAAAUGUCUCCAUACAUUGACUAUGUUUAUUAUCGGAAAAGAUAGUGGUUCUUGCGUUGUAGAGUUGGGAAAACUUUCAAAUCUUCGUGGAACACUUUCUAUUUUGGAACUCCAAAAUGUUGUAUCUCCUUCAGAUGCUUUGGGUGCAAGUUUGAAGGAUAAAAAGGAUCUUGAGGAGUUGGUGUUGGAAUGGAAAGCUGAUGCUAGUAUUUCAAAAAGUAAUGUGACUGUACUUGACAAUCUCGAGCCACAUCCAAACUUGAAAAGUCUCACUAUCACCUAUUAUGGUGGUAAAAGUUUCCCAAAUUGGGUAGGGCAUGAUUCAUUCUCUAAUAUAACAUGUCUUCAUCUAAACAAGUGCAAAUCUUGCUACAAGUUGCCACCCCUUGGGCAACUACCUUCUCUGCAAGACCUCUCUAUUGUUGGGUGUGAUGGAGUUGUUACAGUAGGUCCUGAGUUUUAUGGAAAUGGUUCUUCUUCAAUUAAGCUAUUUGGAGUCCUUAAAGUUUUAAGGUUUGAAGAAAUGUUGAAUUGGGAGGAAUGGUUUUCUUUUGGUGCUGAGAAUAAUGAUGGAGCUUUCCCUCAUCUUGUUGAGCUUUAUAUUCAUAAGUGCCCCAAGCUAAUAGGAGGACUGCCCAUCAAUCUUCCUUCUUUAGCUAAACUUGUGAUCACUGAAUGUCUGCUGCUGAUGGCUUCACUCCCAAGGGCUCCUGCAAUACGUGAAUUGCAAUUAAUACAUUGUAAUGAGGCACUAUUAAAGGAAUUGCCAAUUAAAAUUCAGAAGCUUAAACUUGAAGGAUUUGAUGCACUGGAUUUCCUACCAGAGGUAAUAAUGGACUCCAACAAUUGUCUUCAAGACUUAGAAAUAUGUGAUUGUUCCUCACUUAUGUGCUUUCCUGGGGGUGGUCUACCUUCUACAUUAAAAACCAUUGAGAUCACAAAUUGUAGGAAGUUAGAGCUCCCUAUGGACUUGCAUUAUUCAUCCCUUGAAAGAUUGUUCUUGAUAGAUAGUUGUGAUUCUCUCAAGUUCUUUCCAUUAGACUUGUUCCCAAAGCUUUGUGAUGCCAUAAUCAGGGGAUGUAGAAAUCUGGAAUCACUUGGAAUUUCAGAACAUCAUGAACAUGACUUAAUGACACUACAGAUACAAAUCCAUGAUUGCCCUUGUUUUGUAUCUUUUCCAAAAGGAGGAUUGCGUGCCCCCAACCUCACAUGGUUUUGGGUCACCAAUUGUAGGAGUCUAAGAUCACUGCCUGAUAAUAUGCACAUCCUCCUUCCAUCUCUAAAGUAUUUGCGUUUAGAAGAUUGUCCACAUGUUGAGUUGUUUCCUGAAGGGGGCUUGCCUCCCAAUUUGAAUCUAAUUUCCAUCCUUGGUUGUGACAAACUUGUUGCUAAUCGGAUGCGUUGGGGUUUGCAAAAACUCCCCUCAGUUAGAAAAUUUUCAAUCAGUGGCAAAUCUGAACAUGUGGAAUCCUUUCCGGAGGUAGGAUUUCUGCCCACCAAUUUGAACUUUCUUGACAUCUCUGAAUUUCCAAAUAUGAAAUCUUUGGACAAAAUCGGGCUUCAACACCUUACCUCUCUUGAACAAUUGUGGAUCCAUGGCUGCCCUAAACUCAAGUUUCUGCCAGAAGAGGGGCUGCCCACCUCCCUUUCUUUUCUACGGAUCAAUGAAUGUCCUUUGUUGAAGAAACAGUGUCAAAGGAAAAAGGGAAAAGAAUGGCGGAAGAUUGCUCACAUCGACUGCAUAAUGAUUGAUGAAGAAUUGAUUGUUUGAGCUAUAAAAUUAUGGCAAGAAUUCCAAAUUUCUGUUCUAAAAUCUGCACAAAAGAUGGAUGGCGGACACAAUAUAUUCAACUUGGACAGUUAGAACGCUUUGUCCACUUGUUGAUUCAUUCUUUUACUCCACCAUUCCAAACAUUAUAAUCAAUGGCUGUUGUCAUGUCACUGCCAGGAAUUAUUGUGAAGCUCGUAUAACGCUAGGGAGCUUGACAAAUAUACUGGUACUGAAAGUCCAAGUGCAACCUGUGGGCCUUGUGGUGUGGUGCUAAAUCAAGAUUGUGGGGAACUUUGGAUUUUCCUCUUUCUCUGAAGUGUAGGUUUUAAAUUACUCUUCAGUAGAUUUUCUCCUGAAAGGUGCUGUAGUUUGCCGAUACAUGGGAAAAGGGUACCUAAUAUCCAGUUGGCACUGCACCAAUCUGAAGCAAGUACGGUUUCUGAUACCUUCAAUUAUCAAAAUUUUGAGAUGAGAAUCUGCAGCUGGGUAUUAGAUGGUGACAUAGUCCGUUGAUUAAACAAUGCAGGAGCUGAUGAUGGGAAUUCAAUGUUGCUAUGUAAAUCAUAUGCCGGGUUAACAGAGUCUUAAACUAGCCCUGCUCAAACAGCUGAUGCUAGUGAUGGAGUGUGUUCUUCUACCGAGGACCACUAGGAAUACUCGGUACUGGGGAUAUUGCCAGAAUGUGUUUCAAAAAGAAAAAUCUGUAGAGCGUAAAUGCUUAUGCUGUGGCAGCUGGAAGGGUUGCUGGAGUUGAUCCUGUGGAACAGAUAACUCGGUGAUGCAUGCGUAUUGCCGAAACUCCAGAGGUUGACUUUGGUGGAUUUGCAUUAUGCAGUGUGACAAGGAAUUUCAUGUUGGCUGUUUGAAGGAUCACAAUAUGGAAAACCUUAGGGUGAGGAUUUUGCUUCGAAAGGCUGUUGCCAUUUUCCAUGGUACAGAGCACCAGAUUGAAUUUUCUACCACCCUACUUGCUUCGUUUGUGUUAUAAUUGUUGGAUUGGACCUUUGAUCGUCUCAUUUGAAAACAAAUUGGUGUUCAGUGAGAGAAGUUAAAGCAUUUUAUGGCAUUCGAAAUUACACCCCACAAGGCAUGUUCUAAGAGUCGUUCACGUGAGCGGAGCGGCACUGUUGCACCCGAACAAUAAUUACUUAGCACCUAGUUGAAUUUUCUAUUCAUUGGUUCUGCAGAAGGAAUACCCGAGGCCAAGACGUUGGUUGGCUCUACUUUGCUGUACUAUCAGUCAAUAAGAGAGAUAUAUGCAACCCAAUCAGUUGUCUCAACUGGAAUGUGCCAUAUAUUUGGGCUGGAAGUGGCAGAGCUUCGAUCCCCUAGGACAGUGUAGGGUUACUUCCAAUCCUUGUUUUCUUCCAUUGAGAGCCUCCUUGGCUCUUGAAAUGUUAGAAACCUUGUGCUACCAGCGGCUGAUGAUGAAGCUGAAUCAGUGUGGACAAAAAGAAAUUGGUUUUAACAAAUUAAACCAAGAUGAGCUUAACGAGUACAAGAAACAUUACCAUCUGGUGAUCUUCCAGGGAACAUCAAUGCUGCAGAAGUCAGUCCCUGCAUGCUGAAUUACUGAUGCCCAGUUGUUGGGAGCACCUGGAAAAUUUUGUGAAAUGAAGAAGCCACUAUUUUGCAGAGGUUUUCCAUCAAAAUGUAUACCAUAUUUUUGUCUUGUGGUGUCCGGAAUACCUCAUCUUUCAAGCUGAUAUAUUCUUUUUGUAGCACAGAUAUUAGAGAGGAGAGAUUUUAGUAAUUGGAAAAGGUGAAAACAUAGAGCAGCUUUUUGGAAGAACUUGCAAAGUUUUGAAACCCUAAAUUGAUAUGAACUAGUAGUGUCACAAUUCUUUUUC